CUGUAUCGGGUGUCAUUAUAAAGCACAGCCCUGCUAAGCUUAACCACUGGCAUCUGUGAGCUGCCGAUCAAGGGUGGAGAUUAUUUUACCGGAUUAGGGCUGAUUCCAUGGGAACCAGACAGACCCGAGGUGGGAGAGUGGGGCAGAUGUCUCUCCGGCUCUGUUCCAGCAGCAGUGAGUUGGAUUACGGGACUCUGCACACAGUGAACUUCCGAGGUUCCAGGAGUAGCAGGAGCUGCUGGACAGAGCGAACUCACAUCGAGAAACGCCUGGUGGUUCUGACCGUGGCUCUAGCAGCCGCCUUGCUGGCCUGCGUGUCAGCUCUGGUAAUCCAGUACCAAACAAGGCCACCCCAGGUGUGCUUGAAGGAAGCCUGCAUCUCGGUGACCAGCUCCAUCCUGAACUCCCUGGACCAGUCGGUGGACCCGUGCCAGGACUUCUUCAGCUAUGCUUGCGGGGGCUGGAUCAAGGCCAACCCCGUGCCCGAUGGGCAUUCCCGGUGGGGGACGUUCAACAACCUCUGGGAGCACAACCAGGCCAUCAUGAAGCAUCUCCUGGAAAACGCCACGGAUAACAUAAGCGAGGCGGAACGCAAAGCCCAGCAGUAUUACCAGGCCUGCAUGAAUGAGACCAAGAUCGAGGAACUGAAGGCCAAGCCACUGAUUCAGCUUAUCGAGAAGCUGGGUGGCUGGAACAUUACAGGUACGUGGGACAAGGACAACUUCCAGGAGAUGCUGCAGGUGGUCACGGCUCACUACCGCACCUCGCCUUUCUUCUCUGUCUACGUCAGCGCCGAUUCCAAGAACUCCAAUAGCAACGUGAUUCAGGUUGACCAGUCAGGCCUGGGCUUACCCUCCAGGGAUUAUUAUCUGAACAAAACCGAGAAUGAGAAGGUGCUGACAGGGUACCUGAAUUACAUGGUUCAGCUGGGCAAGCUCCUGGGAGGAGGGGAAGAGGAAGCCAUCAAACACCAGAUGCAGCAGAUCCUGGACUUCGAGACCGCUCUGGCCAACAUCACCAUUCCCCAGGAGAAGCGGAGGGAUGAGGAGGUGAUCUAUCACAAAAUGACCGCCAGAGACCUGCAGACCUUGGCCCCGGCUAUCAAUUGGAUGCCCUUUCUCAACACGGUGUUCUACCCGGUGGAAAUCAACGAGUCUGAACCCGUGGUCGUCUAUGCCAAAGAAUACUUGGAGCAAGUCUCCAGCCUCAUCAACGCCACCGACAGAUGCCUCCUGAACAACUACAUGGUCUGGAACCUGGUGAGGAAAACAAGUUCUUUUCUGGACCAGCGUUUUCAGGACGCGGAAGAGAAGUUCAUGGAAGUCAUGUACGGGACAAAAAAGACUUGCCUCCCCCGCUGGAAGUUUUGUGUGAGCGACACAGACGGCAACCUGGGCUUUGCGCUGGGCGCCAUGUUUGUGAAAGCCACCUUUGCUGAAGACAGCAAGAACAUAGCCAACGAGAUGAUUUUGGAGAUCAAGAGAGCAUUCGAAGAAAGCUUAACCACACUCCAGUGGAUGGACGAGGACACGCGCAAGUCAGCCAAGGAGAAAGCUGAUGCAAUCUACAACAUGAUUGGCUAUCCCAACUUUAUCAUGGACCCGAAAGAACUGGACAAGGUCUUCAAUGACUACACUACGGUCCCCGAUCUCUACUUUGAGAAUGCCAUGCGGUUCUUUAACUUCUCAUCCAGAGUGAUUGCCGACCAGCUCAGGAAAGCUCCGAACCGGGACCAGUGGAGCAUGACGCCUCCAACCGUGAACGCGUACUACUCGCCCACCAAGAAUGAGAUCGUGUUUCCCGCCGGGAUCCUGCAGGCUCCGUUCUACACCAGAACCUCCCCCAAGUCGCUGAAUUUUGGCGGAAUAGGUGUCGUCGUGGGCCAUGAGCUGACUCACGCCUUCGAUGAUCAAGGGCGAGAAUAUGACAAAGACGGCAACCUCCGCCCUUGGUGGAAGAACUCUUCCGUGGAAGCCUUCAAGCAGCAGACCGAGUGCAUGGUAGAGCAAUAUGGCAACUACACGGUGAAUGGGGAGUCGGUGAACGGCAGGCACACCCUGGGGGAGAACAUCGCCGACAACGGGGGCCUCAAGGCAGCCUAUCGGGCCUACCAGAACUGGGUGAAGAAAAACGGGGAAGAGGAGACGUUACCCACUCUUGGCCUGAACAAUAACCAACUCUUCUUUUUGGGAUUUGCUCAGGUCUGGUGCUCGGUGCGCACCCCCGAGAGCUCUCACGAGGGUCUCAUCACGGACCCGCACAGCCCCUCCCGCUUCCGGGUCAUCGGCACCGUCUCCAACUCCAGGGAAUUCUCAGAACAUUUCCAGUGUCCCCCCGGCUCUCCCAUGAAUCCCCAGCGCAAGUGUGAAGUCUGGUAAAAUGGAAGCGGCGGAAGAGAAGGAAGAGGGGGACCGGGAAGGAGAGACAGACACCCGGUGUUGGGGGGGGAACUGAACCUGCUUUCGCUGUCUUGCGUCAAGAAGAAUGUGACUCCGGCCCCUCGCCCCGAGAGCUGCCUUCGACGUCCCGGAAAGGUCUCGGCAAGAUGGGCUCCCCCGAGCCGGAGGCUCGGGGUGGAAUCAGAGAUUGGAUCCACUGUGAAAACCCCUUUUAUCUCGUUCACUUGCAAAUUGAGUCUUACAUUGUAACCGGUGUCCCGUCGAUCCACGAGGCCACCCGGGCCCGGCCGGGGUGGCCGGCGAUCGGCUGUUCGGUCCGUGGUUCCGGGCUCGGCCUCAGGCUAACACCCGCUCGUGUCAGUGUGUCAGAUGCUUUAAAGAUAUAUUUUUGGGGAAAUUUUUGAAACAUUAUGGAAUACACUGGAAAUCUUCAGGGAAAAAUGCCUUUAAAAUACUUUUUUUUAAAGAAAGAUUGGUAUAUUUAUUAUGUUCUGGUUUUUUUUAAAUGAUGAGGUAGAGCCCCAGCGACUCUACCAGUCCACCCGGAACAGAGGAGGUUGAGCAGCCCUAGGGUUAAUGCAGAGGUGGGGGUCAGCGCUUAGGUAGGUCCAGGGUCCAGGGGAAGAGCCAACCGGGGAUGUACCAGAUUCACACACACAUCAGCCAGCGGGGAGCACCUUAGUUGCUGAGGAAAUUCGGAGCGCCUUGUUUUGCCCAGCACCAUUGUGCAGGUUGAGGAUUGCAGUCUGGUGCGUUGACCCCGGAAACACACGGAAAUUAUGUCAGGGCGAAGAGUGGCAGCAAACCACUGCCCGCUCUUGACCCCUCCCCGGCUCCUCCUCUGGCUCUCACUGAGGCAUGAGGAACAUCUAGGAGGACGGAGUCGAGGGGGCCUCCUCUUAGCACCCCGUGGGGUUUCUCCUCUUGGGCUUUUUGUCCUGCUGCUGCUAUCGUGCAGUCCCAGGUGGCUCUGAAGCCCUCCUUGAAGCUCUGCCCAGAUUCCAGCUGUUUCAAGCCCUGUUCUUCAGCCGUCCCAGAAGGAGCUUCCGUGGCCUGAAGAGGCAGGCUACCCUUGGGUUUUCCAAGAGAAGAGAGUCAGCAGAUGAGCUCCCGCCUUUUGCACUUCAUUUCCUCCGUACGUGCCGCUGCCACGCCCUCCAUCAUGGAGUCUCAGCAGAGAAAUCUUACCGGUUCCGACGGCUCCCUCCCGAACCCUGAGUUCUCCCCCAGCACGCUCCCUCUGAGCGCGCCCCUCCACCUUAGGGAGCACUUAAGUCACCGGCACCGGUGGCCUCUACCUCGCCAGCCGGGCAGUAGCCGUUCACCCCGAACAAAGCUGUCCAUGCUACGCCCAGACCCCUAGAGGGGCUUUCACACUCCCACCCUCCUCGGCUCCCCAACCUGCCUUUCUCAGCUGUCCAGUGCCUUAGAGGGGUUUGCCGGUAACGCGGCCUUUAAUUCCACCCAGGUGCACGGACUCCUCCUUGGGUCUGCUCUGGCGUCGAAAGCAAAAUCACAUUCUUUGCUCGGACAGAUUUUCACACACUCCUCAGAGUCCCGGAAGGAAACGCUCCCCUCCAGCCCACCAGAAAAGACCUAUUUGAGCCUACAGGCCUCUCUCCAAAGCGAGAGAGAAGCCAGAAUUUCUGACUCGGGAUAGCAGCCUGAAGCUGGCUGCAAGAGGCUCGGCUGAGGAACUUCUCACUCCCAUCAGUAGUUUCAAAAACCUUCCUCGGUUUUGGACAUCUGGUUCCUUUCCCCCACCUUCAUCCCCUUUCUGCAGGCAGCGGCAGAAGGGCUUCCCGCUCUGGGGAGAAACUGGCAGAGCAGACUCAGGGUCUAGACAGAGGGUUACUUUCUCCUUGCUCAACCCGGCACGGUGGGUCUCCUGGCAACUGGAAGCCUGGGAGAGAAGUGAGGCCUGUCGCCUCCUCAGAGUUUCCCAGACCCUUAAGAAGAAGAUAGGAGUCAUUUUGGAAAUAGUGUCCUGUGAUUGAGAGGUCAGGGGUUAGUUUAUUACCAUGCUCUUUAGCCCUUUUUUCCUUCAUCCUCCAGAGCCUUCUAAAUUCGCUCUCUUCCUGAGGGCAAGAACCAGACCGCUACCCUCCUGUCAGCUAAACAUCAGGCCAAAAUGCAGGAAUUUCCAAGUCAUUUCUUCACACCAAACUUGUCGUUGGCAGCUUCAGUGACCUGUAUUCCUGGAGCAGGGCUUCCCCUGAGCUCUGCUCAAGAGCAUUAGAUUGCAGAGGGAUUUGGGAGAGAGGCUGGAUCCCACGCUACUCCCCUAAGAGCCAGUGUGCCCCCUUGUCAGAGUGUCUCUUUUCCACAUUGAUGGAUCCCAGCUCUCCAAAAGGUUUUGUCCUCGAGUCAAGUCUGAGCUCCAGGGCCCGUCGCAGCUGGGAGUGAUCUGGGACAGGUUACCCAGCUAGGCAGGAAUGUACCCGAUCGUUUCCAGAUGUGCCGGGAGCGGAGGGCGCGGGGCCGGGCGGGAGGAUCCUGCAGCAGAACGGAAAAGGAAUGGGUCAGUCGGGAAGGGCCACGCCGCCACCUUACCGGGCCCCUCUGCUCCCAAGCUGUGCUUUGGCAUUGGCUGAGGAGGAGGGUGCUCUGGAAAGGGUCCGAAGUGAGAGAAAAUGGCCUCCCAGCCUUCCCUGAGGGAACAGAGAGAGCCAUUGGGUGAACAGGGUGGGGGAUGAUGCGGGCUGAAGGAGGAGGCUUUCUAGGGAGAUGGCAGUCUGGCUCCUCAGCAGUUUUGUGACGACACAGAUGUUGGGCUGUGGGUGAGGGUUGUAUUUUCAUUUUUUUGUGUGCUACUGUAGUUUUUCAUGUGGCACUAUUGUAAGUGAAAUAAAAUACUUCUACCUAAA